AUGUCCACGCCGAAGACCAAUCUCUACGAAGUCAUCACAGCCUCCGCUACUGAGGCAUACGCUGCCGACAAUACCAUCUUCGAUGAGGGCCUGGCCCUUAUGGCCACUCAAACGUCGUACCCAAUCCUUUCUGGUCCGCAGAUCGAUGCGCCCGCAGAAGAGCCUAAGAUCUCCGUCUUCAUCGGCUGGAGUAGCAUCGAAGAGCAUCUCGCAGCGCGCGAGUCCCAAGCGCACGCACCGCUGAUGCCUAUAAUUGCCAAGGUCUUUGCUUCGAAGCCGGAUGUCAUUCACGUACCCUUCACCAGCGACCCUCUACCUGCUCUACGUGCGCCUGUCACAGAGAUUGCGUGGUUCACGGCCAAGGCGGAUGCAAGCGACAAGGAAACCGGUGACAAUAUACUACAAGUAGUGCAACAGCUUGUGGAGCUAUCAGGCUCUCGCGGUGUCGCUGUAUCCACUGGGCAGGUAGUAGAGCGGCCUGGUCAAGUCGUUUGUGUAGCCGGAUGGGAAUCAAUCGAGGCACAUCAGGCCUUCACCGCAAAGAGGGACCCUGCAUUCGCCCCGUUCUUUGGAGAGCUGCUUGGGUUAGCGGGUGCCACCAUAGGCCAUUCGGCACUCAAAGCAUACGGUGGUGUAGCGUGA